ACAAAAUAUAUAAAAAUUCGUUUUUUUUUUCGUUGGGUGACCACAAAAUUUUGCUGUGGAGUCUGCGGCAGAACGUUGAUGGUCCUCAGUGCGAGAGGUUGUGCAUGGAAUUAAACAUUUUGUUGUCUAGUGUAAAACGUUAGGCAAAAUGUCUAUGGAUCCUGCAGUGUCGUUGGAGGAUCUGGAGCGCCGACGUCGUCGAGCCAGUGCGACACGCAAGGCUUCCAUGACGCUGCAGGCGCAGUCAACGCUGCCCGAGUCGGAGGCCAUGGCGGUCAUCAAUGAGAUAUUCAAUCCCAAGCUGAAGCUGCCAGAGAGCACGGGACACUAUACGCUGCCAGAGGAGCUGAGUGCACACGAUUUGGUUUCACCACAGGAUUUGGAUAUUGCCAAGUUAGCCGAGUUGAAGGAAGUCUUUUUGCUCUUCGAUACGGACUGCGAUGGUCUCAUAUCGAAGGAUGACCUGCGCUUUACCUACACGGCGCUGGGCAAUGAGCCCAACGAGCAGCUUCUGGAGCAAAUGAUGCAGGAAGCGCACGAGCCAUUGGACUAUGAGGCAUUUGUGCAGUUAAUGUGCCGACGCACGCAAGAGCUGGACCCAGAGGAUGUGCUGCUGGAAGCUUGGAGCAAAUGGGAUGACUAUGGCACGGGCAAAAUUGACGAACGCAAAAUAUACGAGGAGCUGACCAACUAUGGUGACAAAAUGAGCGUUAAGGAGGCCAAGGAGGCGCUCAGUCAUGCGCCCAUGGCCAAGCCCAAAACGUUGGAGGAGCCGCCAAUGAUUGAUUAUCCCGCCUUCUGUCGCAUGCUGAGCGGCAUGCGAAAGCCCAAAAAGCAUUAGCACAAACAUAAACUAAAUAUGCGAUUAACUAAAUUAUUUUUUACACGCAAGAAUGCUUCAAACAGUGCAGAGUCCUUUCAAAAUAUUUAAAUAGUGCAACAAAUUCGCUCAAACCCAACUCGUCACACUAUUGUAAUUUAUUUAUUUAUGUAGCUUUGUUUCUUAGCAAGUUUGUAUGCUAACCUUAACGCCAACUUUUGUUAGAUAUUCUAUCAAAAUAAAUGAUGAGGAACCAAA